GCCGCCGCCACUUCCGGCGCGCUGUGGCGGGCGGGCGAUGGCGGCGCAGUUCCGCAGCUACGUGUGGGACCCGGCGCUGAUCGUGGCGCAGAUGGUGCUGCUGCAGGCGGGCUACUACAGCUCGCUCGGGCUCUGGCUCGCCCUCCUCGGCACCCUGGGCAGGACCGGGCCCUCCCUCCACCAGGUCUUCAGCGACGAGAUUUUAGGCUUCUCAACCCCGCCGGGGAGGCUCUCCAUGAUGGCUUUCAUCCUCAAUGCGCUCACCUGUGCUCUGGGCUUGCUGUACUUCAUCCGCCGAGGAAAGCAGUGCCUGGAUUUCACAGUCACCGUUCACUUCUUCCACCUUCUGGGCUGCUGGAUUUAUAAUUCGCACUUUCCCUCAACCCUGACGUGGUGGCUGGUGCACAUCGUGUGCACCGCGCUGAUGGCUGCCAUCGGGGAGUACCUCUGCAUGAGGAUAGAACUCAGAGAAAUCCCCCUCAAUUCUGCCCCCAAAUCCAACGUAUAGACUUGCUCUGGCAACAACAUGCUGCAUUAUGUCAUUGUUUCCAGCACAAGUGCAUCUAAUGCCGGAGAAUCAUCACUGAAGAAGCACAGCAGGUCUGUUUAGACUUUUUUUUUUUUUUUUUUUGGACCUUGGUGACUGCAUGAGUGUGAGCAUCUCCUCUGGCAUCAGCCAACAACGGGGGAGGAGCAGAUGUUUAUUUUGUUAACACAAAGCAUUUAAUAUGACUGUAUGGCGAGUGUGCUCUUCCACUCUUCACUCAUGAGACUGUUAAAAGCCAGGUAGCAAGAUUUGACGCGUGAGGAGCAUCUGGAAUUUAACAAAUGUGGGAGUGCCCUAUGUGGGUAAUGCAGUGGUCAGCUCUUCUUGCAGGAGCUGGCACAGUGAGCAGUGGGGCUGGGAGCUGCUGCUUCCGAUCUGUAACUUGUUUAGGCUUUGGUUGGAAAAAAAGUCGAGGAAGUGAAUGGAUGGGGAGAAAGAAAGUAGUUGUACUUACCUGAAUCACCAGCUGAGACUCUCAAUAACCUAUAACGUUAGAUGGGUUUGUUUGCUGUUUCCAUGUUUAAUACACAGAUGUCAGACAGCAGUUUGCUGAAGAAAUCUUUUGUAAUAAUAAAAAUAUUAUGUUGCUGUGA